AUGAAAUUAGACAACGAUUUUUUGAAAAUCCAAACUUAUUCAAAUUAACUAUUUGACUCACUCCCAGUUAUAAAAGAAUAUAAAAAUGAUAAAGAUCUUAUUACUUAACUACAAUACUCUUGUGUAUGUUAUGGUAGAAAAUUAGUAUCUCUAUUUGAUAAAUAUACAAUACUCUAAAAGAAAUAGUAAGAAGGUUCAAAUUAAUUACUCAUUAAUUUGGCAUCUCUAUUAAAUGUUACACCUAAUGAAUAAACAAUCAUAGGAACAAUAAAAUAACAAAUUAAAGUUAAUGAAUAAUUGCAAUCUAAAAUUGAAUAUCUCAAAUAAUCCUAAUAGGAUGUUGUCUAUUAAAAAAUGUUAUAACAUGAAUAAAAACUAACUCAAGAAUUAUAAGAAGUAGCAGAUCGUCUAAUAAAAGAAUUAAAAUAAUCAAAAGAUGAUAAAUAAAUAUUGUUGGAUGAAUUGUAAAUGAAAGAGGAUUAAUUGAAAUAAUAUCAAUAACAAUUGUAGUAACCUUCCUUAUUAAAAUCUCCAACUAAAUAAUAAUAUAAUAGUGCUUAAAAAUAUUCAAGUGCUACUAAGUAUUCUAGUUCAAAUAAACAACCUCGUUUUCAAUAGUAAUUAAUCAAUACACUUUAAGCAUUAUCUUAAUAAACAAAGACUUUUCUCUCACAAUAUGUAAAUUAAUAGGAAUCAGCAUAUGAUUAUGAACAAUUGAUGACUGAUGAUGCCUAAAUGAUAUCUUUGAAUGUUUCCAAUAUAGUUCGUGAUUUAACUUAGAUCAUAUAACACAAAGAAGAAAUAGUUGAAAAUUUAAUCAAAGGACUUGAAAUAUAACUUGAAUAAGUAAGAUUGGAAUAAUAAUAGUAUGAAUAAAAAUAAACUGAUAAUAAAUAAUUGUAAUAUCAAUUACAAUAAUUAUAAAGUAUAGUUAAAAAAGCUAAGGAUACAAGAAAUAAAGAAUUAGAUAGAGCUUUUAAUUCUGAGAUACCUGUAUUUAUAGUUCCUGAUGAUUUGAUGGAUUCUGAAUUACAAUUAUCAAUUGAAAGACACAAUUCAAAGGUUUAAUAAAGAUUAAAUGAUUUAGCAGUUUAAUUAAAAAAGAAAUCAACAUAAUUUGAAUAAAUAUAAUCAUAGAGUACUAAAAUUAAAAUUAUAUUGGAAGAAGGUUUAAAUAGAUUAAUAAUUAUAUUGAAUGAACUUUAGAAUAUGGCUGAUUCAAAUGAGGCAUUAAAAUUACUUAAAUUUUGUAAAAAUGAAAUUGAUUCGAUACAUGUAAAUUUGAAUGGUAUUGAUAUUGAAUAAUAAAUGUCUAUUGAAAUGAAACAAUAAAGAUAAAAUUGGUUAUAAUAAUUGGAUCAAUUGAAAAAGUUUUAUUCAGAAUAAACUGAAAAGUUAAUUUAAGAGAAUGAAUAACUUAAUGAAUAAUUGGCAAAACUUCAAUAAUUAACAUAAGGAUUACAUAAUGAUAAUGAGUAAUUGAUGCGUAAAUUAAAAUUAGCAUAAUAAGAAUUAAUGUAAUAAAAAGAAGAAAAAGAUAAUUUAAUUUAAGAAUUAGAAUUGACAAUUUCAUAAUAAGAAUAGAAUAUUAAAUUAUUUGAGUAAUAAGAUAAAAAACAAAGAUAAACAAUGGAAUAAAUAGAAAAAGAAUUGGAUAAUAAGAAAAGAGAAUAUUUAAAUUUAUAAUAAUCUAAAUAAUUGGAAUAAUAAGAUAUAAUAGAAAAAUUAAAUGAUAAGAAUUCAGUAUUGGAAUUUGAAAAUAAAACAUAUAAAUAAUAAUUGGAUGUUAUUGAAAAAGAUUUUUAGAAACUCAAAUCUUAAAGACAAACCUAAGAUUAAUUAGCUGAAUAAGACAAGUAAACAUUAAAAAAAUAAUUGGAUGAAAAGAAAAAAUAAUUAUUGUAAUUAUAAACAGAAAAUAAGAAAUAACAUGAAGAUGCUGUUACUUAAAUAGAAGAGUUAUAGGAUGAAUUAUAACAUAUAUCAAGUUAAUUAUAAUUAAGAGAGACAGAGAUUAAGUAAUUACAUAAAACAUUAAGUGAAUUAGAGGAUUUUUCAAGAAAAUAAAUUGAUGUAAUCAGAACUUAUGAAGAUAAGUUAACUGAGGCACAUCAAAUAAAAAAAUAAUUAGAAAAUAAUAAUGAAGGAAGUGAUUAAAUGUUAUCACAGUUAUAACAUAAACAUCAAUAAUUAUAACAAUAAUUUAAUUAAUUGAAACAUGAAAAUGAUAAGUAAAUUAUUGUUUUGAGAUUUUAAGGUUAUUAAAUGAUUUAAGUUUACUAUAGAAGUAAUACACAAAAUAAAUAGAUACUAUGGAAUAAGAUUUUAAGGAUAAAUUAAAUAAAUAAUAAGAAAUAAAUAAAAUUCUAAAGGAAGAAGCUAGAAAUUUAAAAGCUUAGUUGGAAUUAAAAAUUAAUUAACUAAGAUAAUUAGAAUAAGAUUUGUAAGAUAAAAAUAAUGAUUUGGAGUAUUUUAUUAUAUAUUAUAUUAGUAAAGCAUAAAAAAUAUGUAAAUAAUUGAAUUUAUAAGUAAGUGAAUUCAGAUAGAAAAUUGAAUAUUUUGAAGAAUUUAAAUAAGAAGUACAUGUAUUAUUAUAAAAUAUUAGAAUUUAGAGACUUCAGAAUAAUAUGUAAAACAAAUAUAAUUGUUGUAAAAUGAAAACUUUUAGUAUAGAAAAGAAUUGGAGAAAUAAUAAAUGUAGAAUUCUUAACGUUAGAAAACUAAUAAUAUAUAGGAUUAAUAAAUGAAAGAGGAAAUAAAUAAUCUAAAAUAAGAAGUAAGAAAGAUGGAAUAAUUAUUAAAUUAAGAAAGAAUGAAUUAUGAAUAGGAAAUUAGAAAUUAUUAAAAUUAGAUAGGUGAAUAUACAAAAUUAGAUUUAUCAAUGAGAUAAAAAUCAGGAUAAUCUAGUGGAAGUGCUUUUUAUGAAAAUUUGAUAGAAGCAAAAGAUUUAGAAAUUGCUAGAUUGACAAAUAUUGUGAAAUCUUUGACAGAUUUAAGAAAAUGA